GGCAGCACCUCAGUAAAGAUGACAUCAGUCUGUCUGAUUUCUGUGUUGCUCUGUCUGUCCAGCGGACUGCUGGCUGCUGAUGGUGCCCCCCCCUGCCCUCCUGAUUGGACUCAGUUUGGCUCUCGCUGUUUUGCUUUCUACAUCCAGACAAAGACCUGGCUCGAUGCAGAGACCUUCUGCAUCGCUGCUGGAGGGAAUCUGGCUUCCAUCCGCUCAGCUGAGGAACAGACAUUCCUCAAAGACUUCAUUAACAAAGUGUCCGGAACCCAGAACCCCUCCUGGAUUGGAGGCAGUGACGCAGUGAAGGAGGGUACGUGGAUGUGGUCUGAUGGAUCCAAAUUCAACUACAAAAGCUGGAAUGAGGGGCAGCCUGACAACUGGUUAGGACAGGAGAACUGUCUUGUGAUGAGCUGGCUCUCUACAGGAAACUGGAACGACUGGGUGUGUUACAACCAGGCUUCCUUUGUAUGCUCCAGGAACCUGUCUGUGUGACUGUGACACACCAUCAUGAUGUCACUACAUCUCAUCUCUAAUCUCUAUCAUUGAUUAACUUUCAGUUUGUUCUGCAGACAGAAACAUUUCUCUGCUGACAGAUGACUCACUUUCACUUGUUAAUUAUCUGAAGAGUUAGGGAACAGUUCACAUUUGGUUUUAAAAUCAGACAGAAACUGGCUCACUGAGCUGGA